CUAGCACUUUCGCACAUUUAUUCUACCUGUGCACAGGUGAGACACAGGUGCUCGCGAACUCUACUGUAUGGCAUCCAAUACAGGUCAAAUGGGUUACCUACCCAGCGGAGGUGCUAUAUUUUGCACCAUUCCCGACAUCUUCUACCUGCCAGAACUUGUCUUUGGCGGGCUGGUAUGGUGCCUUAUAGCAUCUACAACAAUCAUUCCUUACAACCCCCAAGCAUACGUGAUCACUGUGUCACUUUUCUGUUUUGUCGUGACCUUCCUCUGGAUGAUGAUAUUUGCCUGUGGGUCGCACCGUAACAGAAGUUCUUGGGCAGGCGCGGAUGUAGCAUACCAUGCUUUUGCGACUCUUCUGUAUCUCAGUGCUUCUGUGCUUAUAGCUUACUGGUGUAUAAUUCUUAGUUAUGUGGAUGGAGCCAAAGACACACUAUAUUACAAGCUGGAUGUGGCUGCUGUGGUGUUUUGCUUUGUCAGCACUUUAGUGUAUUUCAUCCACACAAUUUUCUCAGCCAUCAGAUGGAAAUCUUUCUAAAACGCCUGUGAUCAACUGACUGGUUCCAACUACACCCAUGAAAGACUUCACAACACACAAUCACUGCGCUGUCUCUUUAAGAAAUGUUAAAUUCAUGUUUGUACCAGUGUAACUUGAAACAGAUUGUAUUUAGCAUUCAGAGAAUCUUUAAUUGAUCAUGCGAAAGAAGAUUGAUUGUCCAGUCCUCUCACUCUCAUCUACUAAUGUGUACAAAUUCUUUUUUUAGAAAACACCUUUUUGGCAUAGCUUUUGUAAACUAUUCUUGCAAGUUUAAUUUAUAUGUAAUUUUGCUUUAUCUAAUAAAUUAUAAAUAGUC